UUGGCACCGCACUCCGUAUGCUAUAGAGGUUAUAAACGCACGCUCUAGUCUUUAAUAUACUCUUAUUAUUUAAUUAUACUGUAUUAUUAGAUAAUUAUAACAAAAACAGUGUUAUAAUGGCCCCAGUGAACCUAAUUGAAGUGAAUUCCGAUGGUUUCAAACAGUUUUUGGACUCGUUUGAUCAUGUGUUCUCGGAUUGUGACGGUGUAAUAUGGAUAUCGCAAGCAGCAUUACCUGGAGUUGGCGACUUUUUCAGACUAAUGAAAGAAAAUGGAAAAACAGUACAUUUUGUUUCCAAUAACAGUAUACGAUCAAAAGAAAACUAUACAACUAUGUUCGAUAAAGCUGGAGUCCCAGGCGGUUUUGAAAAGCUGACAACUCCAUCGACAGCCAUGGUAGAAUAUCUUAAGUCAGUUAAUUUUGAUAAGCACGUAUUUUGUUUGACAUGUCCGGAAGCGAAAAAGAUGUUUGAAUCGUACGGAUUCAAAACGAAAUAUGGACCAGAUACCGUCCACGAUAACUUCGGCGACUUCGGCGAGUACCUUAUCGACGACGCUGACAUCGGGGCAGUGGCGUUUGACAGCGACUACAAAGUGAAUCUGGCCAAGAUGUACAAAGCUGCGACGUAUCUGAAGAGGCCCGAGGUGCUCUUUAUGAACGGGCCGACGGAUAAGCACGUGCCGUUUAAGGGACAAAUGGCAGCAGGUAUGGCAUUCGCCGCCGAAUUGGUGUCGGAAUUAGUAAAGAGGAAACCUAUCGGACUGGGAAAGCCGUCCCAGGACUUCGGGAUACUCGCGAUGAGACGGGCGUUUGUGACUGACCCUAGUAGAGUGUUGUUUAUCGGAGACAUGAUCGAGCAAGACGUGGGCCUAGGUAAGAAUACUGGCUUCAAAACAUUGCUGGUUCUAACUCACCACUCCGAAGAAGAAGUGAUGGCGGAACCUGUGUCCCGUCAACCAGACUUUUAUGCCCCAUCUUUAGGAAGUCUAGUACCUAAGUUUACAGAAUAAGUGAGAC